AUGCUUUCAGCAGUUGAGCUUCAUUCCGGUGGAGGAUCCGGUUUUUAUCCAUCAUUUACUCGUCAACCAGUGUCAAGUGACGUUCAAUUUGUACCACCGAUGUCGGGAUCCACAGAAUUUGCAAGACCAAAGCCUAAAAUAAUGAAUGGUCUUUCACCAUCGACGGCGUCACCUCCCCAUAAAUACUCACAUCAUCAUGAACAAAAUGGUCCUGUAAAUUUGGCUGUAAAUCAUCAAGCGUCACGUCAAAGCAUGACGCACGAAAAAGAGUCUUCUGAGAAAGAAAUUGAUGUUGUUGGAUUGGGCAACACGAGCUCAUCAUUUGCCACAACAAGUAGCCCCAGAUUAUCAACAUCAUCAUAUCCUACUGGUCUUGGAAGUAACGCUUAUCAAGCACUCAAUUACAGUUUCUAUGGAAAUCGCUAUAGUGCUCCAAUAUUUCCACAUCGUUCUGCCUACUCACAACAUCAUCCAAAUCGUCCAACAUAUUUACCAUCACAGUUGGAAGCAUAUCCAUCUUAUUUGUCUGCUGCUGCUGCAGCCGCAGCAGCCUCUUAUGGUUCAAGUUCAUAUUCUUCAUCAUCUUUAACACAAUCCAGUGCAGAUACAUUAUCACAAAAUAUCCAACACAAAUCAACAAACGAAAGAUCUCACUCAAUGUCAUCAAUGACAAAUGGACAUCAUCAACAUCAUCCAUAUCCAAUGAAAGAGAAGGAGCCAAAAUCAGCGGGUCCACGUUUAAUUGGAAAUGAAGAUACUAGAAAUGUUAGUAGUAGUAACAACAAUAAUAAUAAUAAUAGUAAUAAUAAUGGCAGCAGUAACAAUAAUAACUUUAAAGUGCCUUCCGGCAAAGAAGGUUCUCUUAAGCACCGUAUUUUGACAACAACACGUCCACAUGAAAACAGUAACAGUAAACAUGGUACAAUUAAUCAUCCUGCUAAUCGUUCACCGAUAAGCAGUAAUUCGUACUUGAAUUUUACACGUGGAUCACUUAUUGAACUUAGUAAUGGUUCAUUGAGACGCGUUGAGGAUUUAAGAACAGAGGAUUUUGUUAUGUCAGCUGAAAAGUCUCAAGAUCUUCAACUUGCUGAUUCGACAGUUGUUAAAAUUUUACCAGCAAUCAACAAUUAUGUAAUGAUUACAUUCAGUUACGAUAAUAAUCGAUCAAAGGUUGAUAUUGAAGCAAAAAUGGAACAUCCAUUUUUCGUUUACGGACAGGGAUGGGCAUCAUGUGAUCCAGAUGGUUCAAUGCAGGCUUUUGGCUUGAAAUGUCAACGCUUGCAGGUCGGAGAUGUUUGUAUAUCAUUAAAACCAAGAGAACAAAAGUCACCGCCAUUAAGUCCAAUGGCACAGAAAAGACCAAGAGAAAUUUUCCAGCCACCAGCAAAAGAGCAUCAGCAUAAUCAGCAUCAGAAUCAGCAUAAUCAGCAUAACCAGCAUCAGCAUCAACACCAGCCAGAAUUGAUGCCUCAAAAUCUCUCACGUCGUCCAUCAACGAUUUCAACGACUGCAACCGAAACAGCAAUGACAAGCAGUCAAAUUGGACAAUAUUCACCAUCGCUUUAUAAUCUCCAAAUGUCACUCUUUGCUGCCGCAAGUCAAGGUCGAAUACCUUCAUAUGCACCGUUCUUAAAUCAGGAUGAUGUAUCAGCUCAUCUCCAAUCGCAUGAUAUAAAUACCUCAUUGAACAAUAAUAAUUCACCUGACAAACUGCCUAUGCUCAUGUCAAAGAAUGCAUCUAUUGCUGAUGACUACGAUGAUCUUCAAUCGCGAAAGCGACGCUGGUCUGCGCCAGAUAUUGAUUCCGAUGAACAACAGACACCGCGCAAAAUUUCGAAUUAAAUUUUUUUUUAAAAAAAAAACACUUUUUUUAUACUUUAUAAAUUUUUUGAAUACUUAGUUCAUUUUUAUUAUGCUUUUUGGAGUUUCUAAGUAAAGAAGAAGGAACGACAUUGAUAAAUAGAGAAAAAAAUGAUGAUAAUGAAAACGUACUAACGCACCAGAAGGAAGAUAUGUACAUAAAAUGUAACCUCAGCAUAAACAAAAAAAAAAUUAUAAAUAUUGUAUGUAUAAUAUACACAAAGUGAUCUCGCGCCAAGUGGAAAUUUUCUUUUCUUAUUAUGUUCUUGUAUCUUACAACCCAAACCAUCCAUUGUCUGAAUGAUAAUGUCAAACCAGCUGCUGUUGAUAUGGUCACAAUACAGAACACUAGUAGAAUAUUUUAAGAAAAAACUAGCUUCGUUCUGUAGCGAACAUUAGGUAGCAUUACAAUAUAGAUCCAGCAAGUCUAUUUAGCAGAGUAGCAUCAAGACGCAACAACAGCAACUAAGUUGACAGUGUCAUUCGUGUUAAACAUUUGUUCUAUAUCUACUACGAGAGUAUAAAGAAGAGAUUGGGCAUUUUUAUAGACAAAAUAUAAAUAUAUUUGUUAUGGACAGUAAAAGUAAUUAUUUUGAUACAUAAAAAGUGAUGAUCAAAAAAAAAAAAUUAUUGGAAAUGAAACG